AUGGGGGACUUCAGUGAGAGCAAGGCGAGCCGGGAAGAGGCCGAGUUGCGGGCCCCGUUCGUACGCAACGAUCGAUUUGGGGAAUUCGGCAUGGGCAACCUCCCUACCUGCCUGAAGGCUGUGCUGGCGCUGGAGUCCAUCUUCAUCCUUCCAUUCCGAGCUGUGGGGUCCUUCCUGUGCCUCUUCCUCUACUGGCUGGUGUGUAGGCUGUCCAGCCCACUCCCUCCUCAGCACCGAGCCGCUAUCGUGGUGCCCAUGGGCAAGCUGGCCUGCCGAUCCUGCCUCUUCUGCAUCGGUUUCUUCAAGGUCGAGUGGGUGCUGGAUCCAGCUGCCGGACAGGGGCCGCGAGCCGGAGGCAUAGUGAGCAAUCACUGCAGCUGGGCUGACAUCCUGCUGCACAUGUCCUACUCCUUCCCCGCUUUCGUGGCCCGGGACUCGACCGCCAACCUCCCCUUCAUCGGCAUCAUCAGCCAAAUGAUGAGCUGUUUGUACGUGAACAGGAACAGGACUGGUCGCAACCAAGCUGGUGUAGCAGACCUGGUGAAGCAAAGGAUGGAGGAUGAAGCUGCGGGAAGGACGGGCGUGGAGAAGCGUCCGCUCCUCCUGUUCCCGGAGGGAACGACGAGCAAUGGGGAAUACAUGCUGCCCUUCAAGACCGGGGCCUUCCUGGCUGGAGUGCCCGUGCAACCCGUCGUUAUCAAGUACCACAGGCUGCCUGUCUAUGUACCUAACGAGGCGGAGAAGGCCGACCCCAAGCUGUAUGCUGACAAUGUCCGCAAGAUGAUGAUGGAGCACUCAGGGACUAAGGACACCCGCGCGACCUUUGAGGACAAGAUGAGGUACCUGACCAUGUUGAAAAAACACAAGCGCUGGACCGAGCUCUUCUUCCUCGCCUACAGCCCCGUGUGGAUCACAUGGGUGCUCUUCAUACUGGUGCCCUUCAAGCUGUAUGAGGGCCUGGGGGAGUGGGGCUACAUGGCGAUUGGCCUGGCAGCAGCCCUGCCCGUCUUCCUGCUGCCGCCCUUGCUCCAGCCCAAGCACGAGGCGGGCAAGCCCUGGGUCCAGCGCUACUGGGUCAAGGCCAACAUCUGGAUUGCCAUCUUCAGCUUCGUGGGGAACUACGUCUGGACCCACUACUUUUACCAAGUGCUGGGCGCAGCCUAUACCUUCAAGGCCCACGAACUGAAUGGGGUGCCCAUCACCCUCUACUUCAUGACGCAUGCCUACUUUGCGCUCUACCACGCCCUGGCCAACGUGCUGAUAAGGAAAGCACGGAGCAUGGUGGGCCCGAGAAGUCCAAACCUGCGUAUCCUGGCCGAGGCAGUGGUGGUCUUCGUGCUCGCCUACUCCACCGCCUACGCGGAAACGCUGACCAUAUCACACUUCCCUUACUACACGCACAAGGCAGGAGACAAGGAGCGCAUGUACACCGUGGGCUCCCUCUUCUACGCCAUCUACUUUUUCGUCUCCUUCCCCAUGUUCUUCCGCAUGGAUGAAGACCCAAAGGCAAGGCACAUGGGUGCCAAGCCAUACACGCUGUGGAGGGUGGUUGUGGAUUCCCUGGCUGCAUGCAUGCUGGUCACCCUCCUCCUCGACUUCUGGAGGCUGGCCGUGACAGCACAGCCGGGCCUUCCCUGGCUGGCCUGA